AUGCACGCUGCACGAUCAGAACUUUACAAAGGCCUGGCCGUUCUGCUUCAGUUUUUCGAAGAGGUCAAGAAUAGCCCCGGAUGUUUUGAGAAUCGGGCCCUGAAGUCGGUUCUGUUCGCCCAUCGUUCCCAUGGCAACUGCUCAUUACCUUCCCCAAAACUCGACAUCCUGGCCCCAUUCGGCCGCAGCACCACUGAGAAGUCUCUUUUCGGCAAGUAUAUCACUACAGGCUACUACGUCGGCCUCGUCAAAAACUCUAGCAUGCCUGACAACGCCCUCGUCCACAACGCAGCUGCGGACAACAUCAAAUUCCAGCAAGUCCAUCCCACUGUCCCACUGUCCGACGAUGCCGUGAAGGCGGACAUCAUCAAAGCCAUCAAACAGCCCCCGAAUAAGAACCCGGCCAAAUUUCCCCCAGGCGAGCCGGAAUUAGUGACUUUCUCUUCACAUGCUCCGUACAGCCUGCAGGGGCGAAAGGAAGACGCACCGGACCGGAGCUGUGUGGAAGGCGCACGACACUAG